UUUGUUCGCAUAGAUAGAUGUCAAAUAAUUAUCUAAAGGCUAAAACCUGUUUGUGAUGAGUGGGACUUGCCCAGUGUCCUGUGCAUAUUUUACUGAAUUUGACUGACGUAUUAAUCGUAUUAAUAUUUUUUACAGCCUGUCGUGGGGAAGAUUCAAAUUUUAGAUGAUUGUCAGUUAAUGUUAAUGUAUUAAUGAGAGUACACAUAAAUAUACGUUUACUUGUAGAUUACUCGUAAAUCAACAAUCUAACAACAGACUGGGGUGAAUAUUUAGAGUAGCUCCGUUUUCCAUUCGGACUGAAUAACAUGACGGAACACUUAUAGAAUUUCAGGGUUCUGGAAAGCUUUUUUUUACCAAGUAGGUCAGAUUUUAACAGCUAUAUGUCUAUAGUAAUACAACGUAAAACGUAUUUUCAGUUUGGUAUACGAGAGAUUAUAUUUAUUAAGGUAAAAUUUUCAGUGGUGUGUGUUUCACUGAUCGAGUCCGGAUGCACUUCUCUUUCGCAAGAGAAAUCCGUGUGACCUUAACUUUGGAACACAGAGUUGACUAAAGAAAGACAACCAAACCUGGAUUCAUUCCUGUGCCAUAAAGAAUACCCUUUCCUGCAAGAAAACUAGGGGGAUUACUUUUAUAGACAAUGGCUUUGGUCACAAACAGACUGCUGUGUAUUAAAAACAGUCGUGCAUACCUUAAAGCAAGCUUGUACCCUCUGUCCAAUGGGGCACGCCCUGAACAGGCACACAGCCGGAGCUAUCGCAGGCCUGGUGUGCCACCGGAAAACAUUCCUCCCUGGAAGAGAAUUAACUUAAACUUUGCCAAGGGUGUAGAGGGUGUGAAAAAGCACUUUGGCCUCCUGAAAAAAGAGAUGCUGGGUCGUUUCGAGGGACCAGAAGGGAGACCCUUAAAGGAGCACAUUCUGGAGCAGACGCGGGUGAUCUGGGAAUUCCGGGGCCCGGAAAGCCUGGCACAGUGGGUGGCAUCUUCAGACAGGGAGAUUGGAGGGAAGAGUGAGGCAUAUAUGAAAAUGGGUAGAAACAACCUUACCGCUCUGCUGUAUGGGAACCUCUGCACUGAGGUUCCCAGAGAUGGGGAGACAAGAUAUAGUGGGUACUGCUCACUACGAUCGAAACAGUUACUGGGUGCUUUUGAUCGUAAGAAGCACCAUGACUGGUCCAAUUUCAAUUCCCUCUACCUGCGUAUCCGAGGAGACGGGCGACCCUGGAUGAUCAACAUUGCAGCUGAAACAUAUUUCUCUCAUCAGAAGGACGACAUGUACAACUAUUUCCUGUUUACUCGGGGUGGACCCUACUGGCAAGAUGUAAAGAUUCCAUUUUCAAAGUUCUUUCUUUCCAGCCGUGGGAGAAUACAAGACAGCCAGCAUCCACUCUGGUUAGACAAGAUCAACACUAUUGGCUUUACCCUGGGUGACAAAGCUGAUGGGCCAUUUCAGCUGGAGAUUGACUUCAUUGCUGUGUGCAAUGACCGGGCACACACAGAGGAGUUUGCUUAUGAGAAGUACAAGAGGAAUCCCGAAGUCUAACUUUUCAUACUGGCUGCGCUUGGGGAAGAUAUGAAUGUAAAAGUAUUGAAAUAUACUUGAUAUGAACAGACCAGCUGCAAGUGUAUUGGUUUUCAGAACAGGUGCACUUGCAGAGGGGCAGAAUCUGAUACACUGAAGUAUAGUUAGAAGUGUUUAUAUAUUUACAAGAAAAUCUAUCUCUCUAUACACCUGUAUACUGUGAAUAUUUCAUUACCUUGGCUGAAUUUCAUAAAACCUGUGUAAACAGUAGUACAUCAACAUUAAAAGAAACUACUGUACUUGUGUCA